AUGUCACCCACCUUCUGGCAGCCCCAAUGCCUUCAGAGGAGCAACCCCAGGAGAGCAAGCUUGACCACUAGGCCAUCAUCAAGCUCCCUGACCACAGAGUCCGCUACGAAGAAGACGAAAGACAACACACUGGUGUUCACUGUGGAUGUCAAGGCCAACAAGCACCAGAUCAAACAAGCUGUGAAGAAGCUCUAUGACACUGAUGUGGCCAAAGUCAACGCUCAGACCACAUCUGAUGGAGAAAAGAAGGCACCUGUGCAGCUGGCACCUGCUUGUAACGCUCUGGAUGUCGCCAAAAAAAGGGAUCAUUUAUACUGA